GGUCUAAUUAUGGUGUUAUUGUUCUCUGCUGUGACUUUUGUUUGUCCGUCGUGGGGAAAAAAGGGUUUAAAUAUUGUCGCAGACGGUAUGAAUUAUAUUAUAGAUGCAAAUAUUUUUACAGCGUUUUUUGUUUUUAAUUGCGUUACCUUAAACUUCUGAGUGAGCGCGCACUGUAAUUUUACACCCAGGCGUUGUUGAGGACUUCACUGCAGCGCUGAAGGAAACGUCUGAAGUAGCACAUAUGUCGAGGACGCCGGGAGGUGGGUGGUAGCUGGAAGAAACCACAGGCAGGAGAGCAGCCAGCGGAGGAGCGGUGGACAUGAAGUCCAGGAGACCUCCUGAUGGGGGUUACGGCUGGGUGGUGGUCACGUCAGCGUUUUUCGUCAUGGGCCUCACUGGUGCCGUCCUCAAGAACUUCGGUCUUUUCUUCAAGGACAUCCAGAGUCACUAUGGAGUCUUGACCAGCACCACCUCGUUGGUCACCUCCACCACCAUCGCCUUGUUUCACCUUGGAGCUCCAGUGGCCAGCGUGCUGACCCUACAGUUUUCUCAGAGAGUGGUCAUCAUAGUCGGCGGUCUGCUGUCUGCCUCGGGGAUGUUGUUGGCGUCUCUGGACCUCAGUCUGCCAUGUCUCUAUUUCAGCAUGGGCAUCCUGCAAGGAAUGGGCAUGUGCUUCUCGUGGAUCCCUGCCAACAGCAUGGUGAGCCACUACUUUGUCCGCUUGCGUCCCAUCGCCUACGCCAUCGCCAGCUCCGGGGAGUGUGUCUUCGCCUUCUUGUUCAGUCCCUUCUUCCAGUGGCUGAUUGAGAGCUACAGCUGGCAGGGUUCCCUGCUCAUCAUCGGAGGCCUUCAGCUCAACCUGUGUGUCUGCGGCGCUCUCAUGAGACCUCUGCCUGCAGCCCAGAGCCCGAUACAGGAAACCAGAGAUGAUCUAGAAGUCGAUGCCGCUGUGCUCCCACCAAAGAGGAAGACUAUCUUCCAGUUCUCCCUGAUGAGAAAACCUGAACUACUCCUCUACAUCCUGUUUGCCAUCUUUGCAGCAGCAGGGUUUUUCAUCCCACCUCUCUUUCUCGUGCCUUUCGCUACCAGUUUGGGGAUGAAUGAAUACUGGCCAGCCUUCAUCCUCUCUGUUCUGGCAUUUGCAGACCUGACGGGAAGGCUGAUCUGCGGGUGGAUCGCCAACAUGAGGCUGCUGAGGAACCUGCAGCUGCUCACCAUCGUGGCCACUCUGCUCGGGGUGGUUCUUCUGCUGCUGCCCAUCAGCCACAACUUCUGGGUCAUCCUGGUCUUUGUGUCACUCUAUGGCUUCCUGUUCGGCUGCGUGGUGGCCAUUCACGUCACCUCCAUCAUUGACAUUGUAACCCUGGAGGGAUUCGACAGCGGACUGGGGCUGUUUAUGCUUUUCAGGAGCACUGGCGGUUUCAUCGGUCCACCUGCUGCAGGUAACACUAAGUUGGCACAAACUGCUGGCUGGUGGACCACACAAACGACUACAGCUCUGCCUUCUACCUCUCAGGCCUUUGCCUCGUCUCGUCAGCGGUGUUUGUCGUUGUGGUCGACCGUCUCAUUCAAAGGAGAAACCAGCAGAGGCUGAAGUUCAUUAGACGAGAGGAGACGCCGGGUUACGAGGCAACAGGCUAAGCAGAGCACUCCAGACGUCCCUCUCCCCAGCAACGCUUUCCAUUUCCUCCUGGGGGACUCCAAGGUGUUCGAGAUAUGUAAUCCCUCCAGCGUGUUCUGGGUCUGCCCCGGGGCCUCCUACCAAUAGGGCGUGCUCCAGCAGG